AGCGUCAGAGUAACCCCAACUAGGCGAAGUGAAAGAGCAGCGCCCCAGCUACCACUCGUGUUACCUUUAGUUAUCUCACUCGUGCACCUGUGAGGCUGUGGAGUGCUGUGUGUCCCUACCUGGUUCCAAGAGUGUGUCAGGCUCUUGAUCUCCCAUACACAAGGCAAUGGAUAAGGAAGGACGAGAAGAAAAAGGGGGAAGGCGUGUGAUGGUGGGCGUGGCUGGCGUGGUGCUGGCUGCCUCCUUUCUCUUCAUGCGGGGCCCAGUGCAGGAGACGCCCGCGCCCUCCACUCCUCCCACUUACGAUUACGACCCCUGCUGCUCCUUCCCGUGUCAGAACCAGGGCAUCUGUCUGACCCUGCAGAACAACAGCUACACGUGUGACUGCACCGCCACGGGACACUACGGGAACAACUGCCAAAUACCCACGUGGGGGUCAUGGAUCACCAAGCACCUGAAGCCAGACCCAGAGACAGUGCACAAUCUCAUCACUUCUUGGUGGCCGCUGUGGGCUGUCAUAAACCACAUCCCCUUCCUUCACUCCAAGAUUAUGACCUACGUCUAUUUGUCGCGUGGGGACCUGGUUGACUCACCACCAACAUACGAGAGCGACCACCACUACAUCACCCUCGAUGCUUACUACAAUGAGUCUUAUUAUGGCCGUGCACUGCCUCCCGUCCCCGCCCACUGCCCGACCCCCAUGGGAGUUGCCGGCCACAAGGAGUUCCCGGAUGUGGAUGAGCUGAUCAAGAAGGUGUUCAUGAGGCGACAGUUCAUUCCAGACCCUCACAACACCAAUGUCCUGUUCCAGUAUUAUGCCCAGCACUUCACUCACCAGUUCUUCAGGACGGACUACCAGAAGGGACCCCAUCUCACUAAGGGCAACGGAGGGGUGGACGUGUCAAACAUCUAUGGCCUCAAUGAGCAGGACCGCCGAGCACUCAGGUCUUGGGAGAAUGGGAAACUCCGCACACAGGUGAUCAAUGGAGAGGAGUUCCCGCCGUACCUGAAGGAUGUGCCAGCCAUCAGUAUGGACUACCCCUCCCACAUCCCCAUCCCUGAGACCGGCAAGUUUGCUCUCGGCCACCCGUUCUUCGCCCUCCUGCCAGGACUCUUUGCGUACUCCACCAUCUGGAUGAGGGAGCACAACCGCGUGUGUGACGAGCUGCUCAAGAUUCACCCUCACUGGGAUGACGAACGCCUCUACCAGACCGCCCGCCUCAUUAUCAUUGGCGAGGUCAUCAAGAUCACCAUAGAGGAUUACGUGCAGCACCUGAGCCAGUACCGCCUCCGCCUGACCUUUGAGCCACAGCUGACCCACGGCACACACUUCCAGUACCACAACCGCAUCCACGCUGAGUUCAACCACCUCUACCACUGGCACCCUCUCAUUCCCGACAGCCUGGAGGUGAGCAACACAAGUUACGCCCUGAUGGACAUGGCCUUCUCCACUGCACCAAUCUUCAAACACGGCCUGGACAACUUCAUCCACGCCAUGAUCAACAGUCGUUCUGGAGCUCUGACGGCAAGGAACCACGCCCAUGUCCUCUACCCAGUACUGAAGAAGGUGAUUGAGAACGGCCGCCUGCUGAGGUUCCAGGGCCUCAAUGCCUACCGCAGGAGGUUUGGCAUGCGCCCCUUCACGUCCUUCCUUGACCUGGCUGGUGAUCCUGAACUGGCGGCUGACCUGGAGCACUUCUACGGGGAUAUUGAAGCUGUGGAGUUUUAUGUUGGUCUCGUCACAGAACGCCCCGGCCCUUCAGUCACCCCGCUGUCCAUGGUCAAUAUGGGAGGCCCCUGGAGUGUGAAGGGGCUGCUGGCUAACCCCAUCUGCAGCCCUCGGUAUUGGAAACCUUCCACCUUUGGCGGUGAGGAAGGCUUUCAGAUCAUCAAGACAGCCACCCUGGAACGACUCUUCUGCCUCAACAUGAAAACUGGCUGCCAGAACAUUGGAUUCACAGUCCCUCCUGGUACCCCCUAAGUACAGUACCCACCUCCCCAGUGGUAUCCCCUAAGUACAGUGGAACCACACGUGCUUUGGGGUCUGAGGGGUCUCCAAGCACAGGGGUUCAAAUCCUGGCCACAGCCCGAGUGUAGGUAGAAUUUUCUCACUCGGGGAAAUGGUUCCCUAAUAGGUGGGAUUUUAGACAGGAGGUACUCAAAAAGAUCCCUCCUUUAGCCCAGAAAUUCUCAUGAAAAGCCCACAAUAUAAACAAAAAACAAAGGAAAAAAGCAUCCAGGGCCUCCUUUAGCCCAGAAAUUCACAUGAAAAAGCCCACAUGGUAUAAAAAAACAAAACAAAAGUGUCCAGGGCUGUGUUAGGAUACAUUGAUGCUAUGGCUGUGUCUUGAGGUCAUCACAGCCCACCCUGAGCCCUUCAGUGUGGGCCAGGGUGUGAGUGUGUGUGUGCCUGUGGUUUGUGAGGUGAAUCAAAUCAUCUAUUAUAAAACAUUCCAAAGUUGUGGCGCCCAGUUGUGUGCGUAUGUGAGAGAGAGAGAGAGAGAGAGGUAUUUCAGUGGCAUUUCUCUUAAGUAUUGGGUGUGUCCAGGCAUUUGUUUGUCUAUAUUGGUGGGAAUGGCUUAGAUAGUUAGGAAGUUAGUGAGUCAGUCCCAUUCAGGUGUUUUUUAUGUAUGUAUGUCUGUAUUUAUAGAUGUGUGUGUGUGUGUGUGUGUGUGUUUUGCUAUUUGAGGCUAGUCAAGCUUAGGUAUUUAUUUAUAUGGAUGGAGUGUGCUUACCUAUUUCUUACUUAUUGACUUUUAACGAUAAAAAAGGGAUUUAUUACCUAUUUUAUUAUUCAGUCAUCCAUAUGUAGGUAUUAUUUACUUAAGUUUUUAUUUACUUAUUGAUACACAAAACACUCUUUCUUUCUUUAUAUAGGAAAGAUUAAAGUGACACUCAUUUCUUAGUAAUUUCUGAUAGCGAUAGACACUUGCCCUUGUCCUUUGGCUAAUUCUGUCGGCUCUGUAAGGAGACUGAAGACUGAGUGGGCCUUUUUCUUUAUAUUUUGUUGCCCUUGGCCAGUCCUCCUCUCUUAAACUUUGAUAGGGUGGAAGAGAAAAGCAUUACUCUCUACAGCUUAGACCAAUGAACCUUUACAACUGCACUGCUGAAUGAGUCCUGAAGGAAACUCUUGGUAAGCAUCCUGGAAAUGGAAGACACAAAUGUGAACACAGAUGACAGUGUGUUCAGGAUUACUACCAAGAGUGUUGCCUGUGCUGUAACGUUCAUGUUGUUGUCACACGUCUGAAUGCUGGUACUGGUGCUGCUGUUGAUGGUGGUGCUGGUGGUGCUGGUGCCUCUGAAACAGUUAAGCAUAUCAGCAUGAAGAUGAGACUUUUAUUGUUUUGGCAGCAUUUCCACUCAAUUUUUCCUCUCAGUUACCAAGAAAAUAGAUGAAAGUGAUGGUGUGUGUGUGUGUGUGUGUGUGUGUUACAUCCAGAUAUUUUUGUACAUAGGUUGUAUAUAGUUAUUGUUAUUUACACUUGUACUGUUUUUCAUAGAUAAAAACAAAAUAAAAUUAAAAGAAUGUUAAA